AUCACCCAACUCGUCAGCGUGCAACUCUUUUCCUCCUUCUGUAAUGGCGUUAUUGUCGUUGGCUUGCCUUCUAUCGCUGCUUCGCUGCAUAUGCAAGGGGCACUGCUACUAUGGCCAACGUCUGUGUUCUAUCUUACCGCCGGAGCAUGUCUGAUGCUGGCUGGCUCCAUUGCGGAUGUCCUCGGCACCAGACCGAUGGUUUUGACCAGCAGUGCUUUGUUGGUUGUCAGUGCUGCUUGUUGUGGUGUCAGCAGGAAUGGAGCUGAAUUGAUUGCGUUCAGAGGUUUGCAGGGUAUCAGUAAUGCUAUUGCUGUGCCAGCUUCCGUCUCUAUCAUUUCUACCAGGGUGCAGGACGGUCAGCCGAGAAACAUUGGCUUCUCGUGUCUUGGCUUUGCGGCGCCACUGGGUUUCCUGCUUGGCUUGGUGCUCGGAGGUCUGUUUGUGGAUGGUNNAACACUCUCAGCGGACGUCAGUAACAUCAGGACUGCGACUACUAUCUCGCUGUUGAUUAUUGGCAUCGCUACCGUUCCGGCAUUUGUUUGCUGGAUGAACUAUCAGGUCAGAAAUGGUCGCCCAGCACUCAUUCCAAACUCUUUCUGGCGAGAUUUCAGCUUCACGAGCAUCUGCAUCAUGAUUCUCUUCAACACUGCCGUCACGAAUGGCAUGGAAGUGUUUGCCAGUUUAUUAUCGCAGNNCUUCCAGCAGGUUCAAGGUUUGUCGGCGCUCGGAGCUUCGAUCCGCAUCUUGCCUUCUCUGAUCACGGCUGUGUUGACCAAUGUCUCGACUGGCUACUUUGUCAACCGCAUGCCCGUCAUGUGGAUGGUGUUGGUUUCAUGCGGAUUGUCUGCGCUCUCUCCUCUGCUCNNCCUGGCGAUGAUAAACCCGCGUUGGCCAUACUGGUACAUGGCUUUCUUCGCACAGGUAAGCAUAAAGCUUGACGCCUACCUUCUUAGCAAUAUCACUGACAUGAUGGAAAGNCUCCUUCAAGGUAUCAGUAUGAACGUCCUCUUCACAGUCGGACUCCUGAUCAUUUCGGCAAUCUUUCCGCCGCACACGCAAGCUCUGGGCGGUGCAGUCUUCAACACUUGCGCGCAACUGGGAACUUCGAUUGGUCUGACCAUCACAUCCGUCAUUUCCGACUCGCGGACAGCUGCUUCAGGAUACAGUGAUAAGACAAGCCCCCAAGCAUUGAUGACAGGCUACCGGGCAGUGUUCUGGGCGUUGUUUGCCUGGAUGAUAGUGGUGUUGUGCGCAGGCGUGGGUGGACUGAGAAGAGUGGGCAAGAUUGGAGUCAAGAGGGAUUGA